AUGGCAGAAGCUGGAGCCGGAGGGGAGCAGUACCGGAAGCUGUCCCGCGUACCGUCCAUGGCGUUCGACCGGCUCCGGUCCUUCAACCUCUCCCGCUUCGCCGCGCCCGCGCCGGAGCCCGCCGUGGCCGGGGCGGUGCAUCUGGGGUACGAGCAGCCCCCCGCGCCGGCGGUAGAGAAGGAGGAGCCCGUCGUGGUCCAGCGUGUGGUCAAGCCGGAGCCCAAGCCCGAGCUGGAACUGGAGACGGAGCGCGAGCACGCGGCAGCGCACGUGGAGCGGAGCCUGUCGGAGGCGGCAGCGCAGGAGGAGCUGAUGCGCCUGCGCAAGUCGGCCAGCGACCGGUCGGUGUUCGCGCACUUCGAGGCCAAGGAGGUGGAGGAGGCCAUGCGGGCGGUGGAGGCGCGGCGCACCACGCUCACGCACGUCGCGCCGGAGAUCCUCGCCGCCGCCGACGCCGCGCCCUCCACCCGCUUCCACGUGAUCCCGUUCCCGCGGCUGUCGGAGCGGGCCGCGGAGAUCCUCGCGCUGGCGCGCGCCAGGCAGCAGCCGGAGCCCCUCAUCAUCAGGCCGUCCUCGCAGUGCCGGCGCUGA